CCACAGUUCUGCGAGGACGAAGAGCCAUGCAAGGUUCCGGGUCGUCGUCCGUUUCUCUGAGGGAGUGCAUCAGCGUCCACAUCGGCCAGGCCGGCGUGCAGAUUGGAAACGCCUGCUGGGAACUCUACUGUCUCGAACAUGGCAUCUAGCAGGAUGGCCGGAUGCCAAGCGACAAGGUCUCCGGCGGCAUUGACGAAUCCUUCAACACUUUUUUUGCUGAAACUGGCGCCGGCUGUCAUGUGCCACGUGCCGUAUUCGUUGAUCUCGAGCCGACUGUUGUCGACGAGGUUCGCUCUGGCGCCUACCGGCAGCUGUACCACCCGGAGCAGCUAAUCUCUGGCAAGGAAGACGCUGCCAACAACUAUGCGCGUGGUCACUACACCAUAGGUAAGAAGAUUGUCGACCUCGUGCUUGACCGCAUCCGGAAGCUGGCCGACCAGUGCAUGGGCCUCCAAGGUUUCCUCGUGUUCCACAGCUUCGGCGGUGGCACUGGCUCCGGAUUCACGUCGCUUCUCAUGGAGCGCCUUUCCGGCGACUACGGCAAGAAGUCCAAGCUCGAGUUCUCCAUCUACCUAGCACCUCCGCCAGAAGUUGUUACGCACAAUCCAGAUUAUGUAAGAAUAACUAUUUAUUGGGGCUAA